AUUUAUGUCAUCCAAAGGUCAUGAUCGUCAAAAGAUUUUGAGCAAAGAGCAGAAUGUGGGCCUUACAAAAGAGUAGUAUGAAAAAAAAUAUUUAUUUCAUCGUUUAAAAGAGAGAUUUUUACAUAGCUAGGAUUUAUCACUAGAAACAAUUACCCCAGAGGGACAUGAAAACAUUUAUAUACCAAUGGAUAUUCAAACUCCGACUUAAGCAGAUGGUUUAAGUUAUGAGGAUGAAUAGGCUCUUAGGAUGCACGGUGCUUAAAUUUGUUUCCAAGCCUGCAAUCACUUAAAAUUACCAUUAACAACAGCCAUUACAAGCUUAGUAAUAUUUCAUAGAUUUUUUGCUAAGUAUUGCAAGUGAUGUCAAAGUAUAUAGGAAUUCUUUCGUGGAUUUUGAUUACCGCGAAAUUUCAAUGGCUUCAUUGUAUUUGGCAGGCAAGGUUGAAGAAACAUUACUGAAAACAUGGUAUAUAGCAGGUGCAUUCAGCUCUGUGUUUCAAAAACAAAAAUAAGCUCCAUUGUAAAAUUAGUAUUUAUGUGAAGGGACAUCAUAAUUAAAUAAGAAAAACUAAUUCUUAAGGAACUGGGAUUUGAAUUAUUUAGAGUUUCAGAUCAUCCGCAUAAGUUCAUAGAAUCAUUUUAUCAUUUUAUUAAGGUCGAUAAGCAGGUGGCUCAAAAGGCUUGGUAUUACUUGAACGAUUCAUACAUGACUGAUUUAUGCGUACAUUUUCCACCUUAAGUUAUUGCAGCAGGAGCAUUGUAUUUAGCAUUGAGGGUCUGUAAUCAUCCCAUGCCCACUUAACCAUGGUGGAUUUUGUUAGAAGCUACUUUGGCAUAGGUAGAGUAAGUAGCUGCCACCAUAUAUAAUAUUUAUGAAUUCGAAAAGAUGGAUUUUAGACAAGCAAGAAGAAUCUUAGCUAAAGCCAAUAGAGUAGCUUAUGUCAUUUAACAUAGCGAAAUCUAUGGCUUGCUUGAAAAGAUUGAAAGACCUUUAGAAACAAAAAAGUAGAAUUCUAUUUAACCAUCCUAAUAAUAAUCUUAAUAGCCUUAAUAAUAAAUACAAUAAGAGCCAACAUAAAAUAAUAAAGAUAAAUAAGAGCCAUCGCCUGAUAAUAAUAAAGAAAAAAAAAGUAUUAAAAAAAAAAGUAAAUCUAAGGAAAAAAAGAGCAAAGACAAAAAGAAUAAAUCGGAAAAAAAGAAAAACAAGGAUAAGGAAAGAGAAAAAGAAAAGAAAAAAGAAGACAAAAAAAAGAAAAAGAAGUAAAAAUAUAAUUACUAUUUAAUUAGAAGUAGAUCUAAAAGCAAAUCGAAUGAUAAAAAGAUAUCGAAAAAGUAAAAAAAAAAAGAAAAGGAAAAAGAGAAGGAGAGUCAAAGAGAAAAAGAGAGAGAAAGAGAGAGAGAUAGAGAAAAAGAGAAAGAAAAUGAGAAGGAUAAAGAAAUAAAAGAAAACAUUAAAGAGAAAGAUAAUUAAAAAAAUGAUUAGGAGAAACCAUCAGUCGAUCAAAAUUCAACAAAAGAAUAAGAUCAAUAAUUAGAUAGAGGUAUGAUUAAAUCCAAUAUGGAGAUUGAGAAUGAAAAUGAACAAACUAAAAACAACAACAAUAACUAGUAAUAAAAUUUAACAGGUAACGAAUAAAUUAGAGAUGACAAUAUCCACCAAAACUCACUGGCAAAUCAAGAGUCUUAGUUUUAGGCAUAACAGAUUAACCAAGAUGAUUAAUAGCAAAAUAUCGUACCUAUAGAUGACUAAUCGAAAGUGUAAUUGCCUUUAUAGAGUAAAUAGGAUUUCAUUGCUCAAAUCAAAGCAUUACUAAAAACAUAAUAACUUCAGAAAACUGAUGAUGUUGAAAAAAAGGAUAAAGAAGUAGAGAACAUUGAAAUUGAAAAGUAAUCUCCGAAUGAAUAGGAUUCCGAAGAGGACCAGCAGCUUAAUGCAAUUAAAUUAAAAAGUAAAAUUAAUAAUUAAUUGUGUAGUUUUAGCUAAAAAAAGGAAUGAAUAAUGAGC